CAAGCUCUGGUAUCUUCGCUGGUUUUCGGAGUGGCCAGAAAGCAGCGGCAAAGCAAUUCUCAGAAAGCAACCCACUACCGUAACCAAGUGAGUCCGAACCGAAUAAAGCACAACAAGCAGAGACCGAUUGCUUUAUCUUGGACAGGGACCGAUCUGUUCCAUCGUUGGCUGGUAUUUCAGAACAGAGCUACAACUCCCACGACGACGAGACAACAACCGGAGGAUCACCGAUAUCGGCUUUGACUACGUUAACAGAGUCGAUAAAAGGAUUACCCACGCCUUAUUCUGCCGCCGACAAUCUCUUAGUUUGCUGUGGCUUUUCGCUGUCCACCUAGUACCGGUAUCUUUGUUGGUUUAAGAAGUAGUCAUCAUGCCGCCUCCUGCGUCAGGUCGGUGGGCCUAUUUUACAAAAGGAAUUCAUCCGAACCCGCCAGUUGCGGAUGGAAGGACAGCCGGCACUCCCCACACUUCCGUCCACCCUUGUAGUAACCCCAAACUAUUCUGGGUCCAGUGCAAUUUUUGUAUUGAACGUAAUGGAGGGAAGAUUUUGCAGGAAGACAGGGCGUGGAUGAAAAGCCGUGAAGAACAAAUGAUGCACCACCUGAAGACGUGCUGCCCCGAGUCAAUGAGAGUAUGGGAGGAUAUCAUCGACUGGAAGACGUCACGAAGAACCAACAGCGCCAAGACUGGAAUGAAAACGAACAAUAGCGCCACCAUUGGAAGCAGUCGAAAAAGGCAAUUGAUCAGUGCCUCGUCUACUGGUAUCAAUAGUGCAACGGGCAAGCCAACCAAAACCGCCCAGAACAAAAAAGUCAAGCGGGGAGGAGCUGCAUCUGUAGACUUCGAAGGUGUAGAGAGCGGCAGUUUUGGUGCUGAAAAUAUGUCCUUUCUUUCUCCCUCCAAGAAACCAGGAGUCAGUCUUCCAUCCUCUUCCCGCGCUGUCGGUGCCGACCCAACAAAGCUCAACCCUACACAAUUACGUUAUUUCCACAAGGUUUGCAGUUUGGCCAUAGCCAGCCAAAAGCUCCCGUACUCGUUCUUUGAAGAGCCGGUCAUGAUGGAACUGUUUCAUAUCCUGCGUCCUGGGUUGGUCACGAAUGGGCAACUACCCACGCGAAGCCAGUUUACUGGCGACGGAACCAACAAGGGAUACAUUGAAAAGUACGCCAUGGAGCAGGUCUCCCUCGACUUGGGCCAAAUCGUCCGGUCGCUCAAGCGAUACGAGGGCUUAAAAGCAGCUUUGGCGUGCCAGCCGGUAGUCGCUAAAGCUUCCUUGGUGCCUCCUUCCACACUGACAUGUGGAGGUGAACUGUCAUGCAGAGUUGUGCCUGCAAUGCAUGCGAUCCAAAGAAAGCAAUCUACAGCUACGCAUAAGGAAGAUCCCGCAGUGGCGCUGGCAGCCAUUUUUGAGCGGAUGUUGAAAGCUACAUCGGUAGUACUUGGCCGGGCAAUCCUUGGUGACGAGGAGAAAACGAUGGAAGUCACUGGCCAGGUCAAUAAGUCAAACCAACCCAUCAAGCACGAAGCCACUGAGGCCAUAGAUCCAACUCAAGGGUCUAGAAGCGAGAGCAAUAAUGAUGAACAACAAUCUGUAGGAUUUUCCAGUAUCGGGUCGUGUCUUUUGCAAACGGCAACAAACGAGCACGAGAAGCAAUCAACAGCAUACCCGCCUGGCACUUUGGGGCGAGCCCAACGGAUUUUGGCCCUACGAUGGCCCAUGAUAUCCUUCCUUUCCCAUGGUUGCCUUGAAGAACAGCUGAAUUUGCUCAUGAAAGAUCUCCUCACAAAGCUUCCCGGGGAUGACCUACUUGAGCCUCUGGAGCAAGCUUUCAGUGCACUUCGUGCGAUAGAACAGUUGUCGGAACCGACGUCACCUGGCCAGACUUUGUUCGAGGGGCUUUCCAAGGCUGUCAACGAUUCAUACCUUGGAGGCUCCGGGACAAAUGACCAAGUGAGAGAGCUUCUACCAGUAAAAGGCUGCGUGCUUUGGUCCUCCUGGAUCUGUGCGCAACGGGCAUUUGCAAUGCUGUUGCGCAUCAAAGUGGCUUGCAAAAUGUUUGUUGGUCAGAAUUCCUUGGGCCCGGGCUUCCCAUCUGACCUUAUCGUCUUGGCGGACAUCGGCUUCUGGGAGAAGCUCGAGCGUGCCGAAUGCUUGAUACGACCCAUUAUCAAAGCAUCUUUGAAGUUUGUACCCGAGAAGGGCUCCAAUUCGAUUGUUGAUGAACAAACGAUUGCACCCACCAUGGCUGACGUGGUUCAUUUGUUCUACUCUUUGGCACAUUUAUGGAAACUGAGUGGUGGAUCGAGCGCUGCAAAGCUAGUCGAGAGACGUUGGAAGCAAUACGAACAACCUUGGUUCUUGCUUGCAUUUGUGUUGCACCCAGCCUACACAGAAGAAGCAAAGGCUUUCCUCAAGAAGCAAACGAAGGAAGAUGGUUUGUUCUCAGCCAAGUAUCUUGCCAAUGCGGUGCUUGGUUACACAGUCAAGUACUUGGCCGCUGAGCUCACUGCCGAUCCUCCUCUAUCCAUGUCGGUACUGAAACGGCAGACCUCUGAGUACUUGGACAAAGUAGAGCGUGGGGAGGUCACCACCAACGAAACUUCCAUGCAAAUGCAGAAGGAUUGGAAGGAAUACUGGACUUGCCAAACGACCAGCCCUGAGUUGUCCAAGUUCGCUCUCUUCAUCUUGAGUGUCACAGUACAGGCAAAUACUGCAGAGUCUUUCUUUCACAGCCUUGCCGCCACGUCCGUGAAAAUCAGUUUGGAGGGAGACCGAGGCAUGCAAAAAGAGUCACUGAAGGAGCACCUGACGGUUCUCGAGAAAGCACCGAAGCAGUUGACUCCGAAGUGGCAGCAACAAACCGGGGAAGAAUGUUCGAAGAGACGUCAGAUGGUGAAUCCAACAGAGAAAUCGCCUAGUCAAGGAAAAGGCAGCGAGCCAGGGGAUGUGGCAACAGCGGCAUCUCUGGCUGCCAAGAAACCUGACAGCUAUGAGCCAUAUGAUCCGUUAGUGGCGAGGAACGAGUUCGUGGAGGACCAGGUUGCGGCGAGUCUUGAUUCCUGCGUUAGCCGAAUUAGCAACCAAACCGUGACAAAGUUUUGGAUUCGAGUGCUCAAUUCACUGGACGACUCUGAGAUUGGGGAUCUGCAGGAUGACGAUGAGUAUGCCAGGGCUGCAACUGCAUCGCCUGCCGACGACAAUGCCGUCGCUAGCGAGGACGAAGACGACGAUUCAGACAUGCCUCAGUUUACCUUACCCACCUAUGCAAAGGGCAGCGCCCCUGGUCCGAAGAAAAAGGUUCGCAGAACCUAUCGACCGGAACAAGUGAAAAUGGACUUUAUGGCAAAUUGGAAGGACUUGAGGGAUGAAGCAAUCGACUCCAGUAGUGAUCCUCCCGGGGAAGAAGUUGUUUCUCAACUGAAGAACUACCGGGCGAACAAGAUUACGCUGCUUGAGCUAUUUCCUGCAGAUCAAGUACCGCCCUCCGUUGCAGAUUUUUUCAACUUGUUCGACGAUGGCGACAACAAGAAGGAAGGAGCUUAGGUUGGGUGGAUGAAUCGGAAAGAACUUGUUGUACUGUACCGCUAGCACUACUUGUAGAAAACUCUCGUCAGCUACCUCUACAGGAAUCCAUACCAGUACCCGU